AAGGCACUUAUAUUAAAUGUAUAUACAAUUUUCGGGUCACCUGUAGUAUUAACUUUGAAAACACAAACAAUUUUUCAAGUAUAAAACAUUUUAUUGUUUAAUAUGGGUAAAAAAGAUAAAAAUAAGAAGAAAAUAAGUGGCAGUGUAAAAACUGCACUUAAAACUGAAAAGAAAUUAAACUCUAAACAGAAAAAGGAAUUGGCUGCACGUGGUGAGGAUGACAUAGAACAUGUGAUUGCUGAAAUUGAGAGAGAAGAAGCAAGAAGAAAACAUGUUGUUGAAAAAACAGUAGCACCACCAUCUCGACGUAUAAAUUGUACUUUAACAGCUCACCCAUUUAAAGAUGAACUUAUUAUGUUUGGAGGAGAAUUUCAUGAUGGAAGAACGACUUUCGUUUAUGGAGAUAUGUUUACAUAUAAUUUAAGCAAAAAUGAAUGGACUAUUAUAAAAGCACCUGGUUCUCCACCUCCACGGUGUAGUCAUCAAGCAGUAACCACAAAUGUAAAUAAGGGAGAACUGUGGAUAUUUGGUGGUGAAUUUACAAGUCCUUCAGAAUCACAAUUUUAUCACUAUAAAGAUUUAUGGGUGUACAGAUUUGCAACAAAGAAAUGGGAAAAAAUUUUAUCUCCUGGUGGGCCAUCUGCCAGAAGUGGUCAUCGAAUGGCUCUCAUAAAAAAGCAGUUAAUAAUUUUUGGUGGAUUUCAUGAUAAUUUAAGAGAUUAUAAAUAUUACAAUGAUGUAUAUCUAUUUAAUCUUGACACAUAUACAUGGCAUAAGAUUGAAAUGUCUGGUGUUUCACCACCUCCCAGGUCUGGAUGUAUAAUGUUACCAACACCUGACAAUAAAGUUCUUGUGUAUGGAGGAUAUAGUAAAGAGAGGAUCAAAAAGGAUGUUGAUAAAGGCUAUGUUCAUACAGACAUGUAUUUAAUGACUCCUGAGAAAAAUGAUCAAACUGGUUUGAAAUGGAAAUGGGUACUUGUAAAACAAUCAGGAAUUAAAAUAUUACCAAGAUGUAGUGUAUCAGGGGUUUUAGUUCAGUCACAUCUAGCCUAUUUAUUUGGCGGAGUUUUUGAUAAUGAAGAUGAUGAUGAAGAACUUCAUGGAACAUUUUAUAAUGAUUUACUGGCUCUAGAUUUAGAAAAAUUCCAAUGGAGGACAGUGACAUUACACGGAAAAAAGGAUGUGACCGUACGACGUCGUAGAAGAAAACCAAAAGAAGAUGGUGAGCAAGAAUGUGAUAGUGAAAAUGAAGAUGAUAAUGACAAUGAAAUACAAGAAAUGGAAGAAUCACCAUCUAUUCCUAUCGAAUCUGUGACAACUCAUGACGACGGGAUUUUCACGGUUACAAUAGGACCCGCGCGAACAUCUGUUACACAAGAACAAGAAAUUUGUCAAACAGAUAUAUUUAUGCCAUGUCCAAGAAUAAAUGCUGCACUUGCUGUGAAGCAUAACAUUUUAUAUUUAUAUGGCGGCAUGUUUGAAGAUGGAGACCGACAAUAUACACUGAAUGAUUUUUAUAGUUUAGAUUUACGUAAAUUAGACGAAUGGAAAACAAUAAUACAUGAUGAUUUAUCUAAGCAAGCGUGGUUUGAUUCCAGUAGUUCGGAUUCGGAUAGUGAGCAAACAGAUGACAGUAGUGAAAGUGAAAAUGACUCUGAUGAUGAACAUAUGGACGUUGAUAAAAAUGAGUAAUUGUAUUUUUUAUUUUACAUGUAUUACAGUCUUAACUCUUUAAUUUAAAUAUUAAAAAAGAUCAGAAUACUA